AUAUAGUUGGCUACGAACGCAACAAAUCGUUCCAGUCGUUGUCUCUCGUUGUCUCAGGAUUUGUUAGCUUCCUCUUUUUUUUCGUCUAUUGCACGUCCUCGGAUCAGUCUCGGUUUUUUACGAGGCCUCGCGAUACACUCCCACGAUGUACACGAUUUAAUUAAAUGUCUAACGAACCGAUCUGCUUCACCGGUUCAGUUAUCGUGAUCUAAGGUGCUCGAGGUGGUAGCGUGUGGCGAUAAUCGUAUGGCCGCAACGAGUGAAGACUAGGAAUCUUCGACAUGUUCUCCGGGACUUAGACCGGGGUAUUCUCGCCGUCGCCGAGGAGAGGAGUUUUGUAAUAAAUAAGUGCUUCCGUGCUGAAGUAUUUAGUUUCGCCGCGUCGUGAGGAUCAGGGUGUCUUGAUUGUGCGCGCCUCGCGCAACAUCCCGAAGGCUGGAUUCGAAACGCAAAACUCUUUGCAGAACGAAGAAACUGCAGUUACCUCCCAUCUUCUCCCGCGGAACAUCGGAGGUCUCGGUCGACAGUGACAUGCCACCGCAGGAGAAGACAUUUCCAGUGCCCACCGGAGCGGUUUCCGGGGACCUGGCCUCUCCACAGGAUGCAAGUCCCGACGGAGGCCUGUCGACUUCGGCCUCGUCCGACGGACUUUCAUCUGUCAAGGGCCGCAAGAGCGGCGGCGAAAACCAGGAUGAUCAGGAGCCCAAGGACAUGGACUUUGACGACCUGUUGCCGCACGUGGGCGAGUUUGGCACCUAUCAGAGGAUCCUAUUCGUGCUGAUGAUUCCAUUCGCCUUUUUUGUCGCCUGGGUGUACUUUUCGCAGAUAUUCAUCACCCUCGUGCCGGAGGAGCACUGGUGCCACGUGCCCGAAUUGGAGAAUCUUACAGUCGAAGAAAGGAUCGCCUUGGCGAUACCGCCCGACGAGAAUGGAUACUCCAAGUGCACUAUGUAUGACGUGAAUUACACGGAGAUUCUGUUGGACGGGACCAGAGAGGCGGAUCCGAACUGGCCGAAGAAAAGUUGCUCGCACGGUUGGGAGUUCAAUUUCACCGACAUCCCUUAUGAAACUGUGGCGACUGAGUUGGGAUGGGUGUGCGAGCACAGCGCGCUCCCGACAACCGCCCAGAGCAUCUUCUUCAUCGGCGCGAUCUUCGGCGGCCUAAUCUUCGGAUGGAUCGCCGACAGAUACGGCAGAAUACCGGCUCUGGUCGGCGCCAAUGUCACCGGCUUCCUGGCGGGCGUCGCGACCGCCUUCACCGGAAGUUUCUGGGAGUUUGCGCUCUGCCGGUUCUUCGUCGGCUUCGCCUUCGACAAUUGCUUUACCAUGAUGUACAUACUAGUACUGGAAUAUGUGGGACCGAAAUGGCGCACUUUCGUGGCGAACAUGUCGAUAGCGCUGUUCUUUACGUUUGCUGCCUGCAUCCUACCCUGGAUCGCGUAUUAUCUGGCCGACUGGAGGAUGACCUGUAUCACGAUAUCCGUUCCUCUGGCCCUGGCGAUGGCGGCGCCCUGGCUGGUACCGGAGAGCGCGAGGUGGCUUGUCAGUCAAAACCAAGUAGAGAGGGCUAUUAUGAUCCUGGGUAAAUUCGAACGCAUCAACGGUACGAAAGUACCGGAGAACGUCUACCAGCAAUUUCGUGAAACCUGCGCCAGAAUAUGCAAGGAGCAAGAGGCGGACAAAACUUAUUCCGUGGUAGAUCUGUUUAAGAGUCCACGUUUGCGAAACGUGACGAUUCUUCUCAUCAUUAUCUGGAUGGCGAUAUCGCUGGUGUUCGACGGCCAUGUAAGAAACGUGAAUAAUCUCGGGCUCGACGUCUUCGUAACGUUUACCAUCGCGGCGUUCACCGAACUACCCGCCGACACGUUUCUCACCCUCGUACUCGAUCGUUGGGGUAGACGAUGGUUGGCCUGCGGUACUAUGGUAAUUUCCGGAAUCUUCAGCAUUUGGGCAAGUGCGGUUUCGAACAAUAUUUAUUCAGCCACUCUGGCGAUCGUCGGUAGAUUCUGGGUCAACAUCUCGUACAACAUUGGCCUUCAAUAUGCGGCUGAAGUGUUGCCGACGGUUGUGAGGGCUCAAGGGGUUGCCUUGAUCCACAUAAUGGGAUACGUCGCCAGCAUCCUCGCGCCCUUCGUCGUUUAUUUGGAUAUUGUCUCGUCCAUUCUGCCACUGUUGGUCCUCGGCACAUUGGGCAUUUUAGGCGGGCUCCUGACACUAUUGUUACCGGAGACACUCGACAAGGAUCUGCCGCAGACCUUGCAAGAUGGCGAAGAUUUCGGCAAAGAUCAGAAGCUAUGGGACAUGCCGUGUCUCUCGAAGAAAAAGUCUGACGUGGAGGCGCCAACGGUGGCCGUUUUCCGAUCGUUUGAACGCAGCAGUUUGCGAGGAUCAAUGAGAGCGUCUAUUCGUGGUGAGACCUUGAGGAGUAGCAUGAUACAAAGAUCGACCAGGUCUUCCGUAAGAUCGCGGAAGAGCGUAAAUACGGCCACGGAAGCAGAGAACAAGUCAACACUUUAAGAAACGCGAUCCUGAUUUUCAACAUACGCAUUUCCUUUCUCUCUCCCCCAUAUUGUUUCUUUUUCCUUCAGAAUUGUGUGAUAUCAGAGCUACCAAAAUCAAAUUUUGCAUACGCCUGUAUCCAACCAUCAAUGGCAGUUUUAGAUCGAAAGAUCAAACAGAUACGUUAUUCGCAACACAGCCCGCUCUAUUCAGUUCACUUGGCCCAUUAAGGUCUACUUUUUCCGUAAAAUUGAUUGACAUUAGUUAUCUACUAUAGUCAAUUUUCAACACUUUAUUUAUAACAAUUUGUCAAAAAAAAUUAAUUUUUGCAAGAUCCUGUUUAAGUCAAAAAUGUUUUUUGAUGCUCCAAUCUUACUUCUGACUGUUAUUUAAUUAAUCUUGCUGGUUUGGCGAGGGGUUUGGCUUUAAUGGGCUAAUUAGAAGAGGGAAGGGUUGUGGAAAUUAAUUUUAAGUCUUGAUAGUAGAAAGGUAGAAAUGUCAAUUAGAACUUAACAAGAUUAGAAUUCAACUAAAACGCUCUAAUUGGUCAUUUUAUUCUUACUCUGCAAAUAGAACUUUCACGAGAGAUUUUCUUUAUAGUAUUUAAUUGUAAAUCCUAUACGUGUAACGUCCUCGAAGUCUGAUUUGAAUUUCGAGAAAAUAAAAUCGGGACUUUUACUCGCAGUUAUGUUAGUGUUAACGCGAGGCUACGAUUUUUUUAUUGCGCGAUUCGUACUUAUACGUAUUUUUACGCUUGUAUUUAAUGUAGGAGAAAGAAAACCGGCGCCGUGAGUUUAGAAACGCGUGAAGUUUCGAAACUUCUCUGUUCUGUUUCUUGCGAAAUGCUUGUCCUUCGAGGAAAAGAAAAAAAGA